UCAACAAAGAUAGUCGAAGCAAGUUCACAAAAACGAAACCCAAAAAAACAGAGUCAACAAAGAUAUUCGAACCAAGUUCACGAAAAACAGAGCCCCUUCUCUGCAUAGACGCGAUGGCCACUCGCUUUUACAGUUGUUCUCUGAUUCCAGCAAGACCCACCUCCGGAUCAGUCUUAAACAAGUACAGUUUGUUGCCAAAUCCUCGUAUCUCAAUCACCCGACGUCAUACUACCCUUGUUUCUUCUUCUUCUUCUUCUUCAUCUUUCACACUUCGAGCUUCAGUUUCAUCAGCUGCUACUUCAACUGCAGUCGAUGGAACCAUCUCCUCCACCAAACCUUCCAAGUCUUUGCCUUUCAGAGUGGGUCAUGGAUUCGACCUUCAUCGUUUGGAGCCUGGCUACCCUUUGAUCAUUGGUGGGAUUGAUAUUCCUCAUGAUAGAGGCUGUGAAGCUCAUUCUGAUGGAGAUGUACUGCUUCAUUGUGUUGUGGAUGCAAUAUUGGGAGCUUUAGGGCUACCUGAUAUAGGGCAAAUAUUUCCAGACUCUGAUCCCAAGUGGAAAGGAGCUCCAUCUUCAGUUUUCAUUAAAGAAGCUGUGAGACUCAUGCAUGAGGCAGGUUACGAGAUUGGAAACCUAGAUGCCACCUUAAUUCUUCAAAGACCGAAACUGAGUCCACACAAGGGAGUUAUCAAAGCCAAUUUGUCUGAGCUUCUAGGUGCCGACCCAUCUGUCGUCAAUCUUAAAGCCAAGACUCACGAGAAGGUUGACAGCCUUGGUGAGAAUCGAAGUAUUGCAGCACACACUGUGGUCUUACUCAUGAGGAAGUAAAUACUGGUAUCGUAUAGCAUUGUUGUUUACUGUCAUAGACAACCCCCUGUAUUCAGUUGGAUCCGAACUUGAGCAAUAAUUAUAUGUUUCGACCGGCCACAGUUUCCAAAUCGGUCAUUGGUCUAUGAAAGUUUGUCAACGACUCAACAUUACAAAUAUAAAUUUAUUUUAAAA